GAAGAAUCUAGAUUAGAUCCGUGAAAAUUGAGAAUGAUAUUCCUAACCCAAAAACCAUUCUAUAAGUGGUGAUGAGGCCUUAUGAGUGUUGUUACACAAGAGGUAUGGCUCCUGAUCCCAAAAAGGGAAGCCUUGUAACCAUCCUCAGCAUCGACGGCGGCGGCAUCCGAGGCAUCAUCCCUGCUACCAUUCUUCAAUUUCUUGAAUCCAAGCUCCAGGAGCUAGAUGGUGCAGAUGCAAGAGUUGCAGAUUACUUCGACAUAGUAGCCGGAACCAGCACUGGCGGCUUGCUAGCCACCAUGAUCACCGCCCCCGACCACAAUAAACGCCCCUUGUAUGCCGCAAAGGACAUAAUCGACUUCUAUCUCAACGAAUGCCCCUCCUUCUUCCCUGGUUGCGACCGGCAUAAUGUGCUCAAGACUCUGAAGAAUUUAUUUGGACCAAAGUAUAAUGGGAGGUGUUUGAGGACAUUGUUGAAGGAGCAAUUAGGAGACAUCACAAUCAAGGAGACAUUAACAAAUCUGGUGAUUCUUGCUUUCGAUAUCAAGCGGCUGCAGCCAGUUAUCUUCACCACUAAAGAUGCCAAGGAGAAGUCCUACAGAGAUGCCAAACUGUGUGACAUCUGCAUAGGCACCUCCGCAGCUCCCACCUUUCUACCCGCACACUAUUUCGAAACGGUCGAUGAAGCCGGCAACACCACCACCUAUGAUCUAAUAGACGGCGGCGUUGCAGCCAACAAUCCUACGCUGAUAGCAAUAUCCCAGAUAUCGAAUGGGAUAUUGGCGGGAGAUUCGGAUUACACGGAGAUGUCAGCGUUGGACGGGAGCAAGGUGCUGGUGCUGUCGCUGGGGACGGGGAUACCGAAGCAGGCGGAGAAGUACAGCGCGGAGGAGGCAGCGGGGUGGGGGCUGCUGGGAUGGGUGUACAAGUGGGGGAACACGCCACUGAUGGAUGUUUUCGGAGACGCGAGCUCGGACAUGGUGGACAUCCAUGUCUCCACGCUCUUCCAGUCGCUUCACACCAAGAAGAAUUACCUCCGAAUCCAGGACGACACGCUCUCCGGCGACCAGACUUCUCUGGACAUCGCGACCUCGCGCAAUCUGCGGGAGCUCGUCGACGUGGCGAAACGGCGCCUCAAGAUGCCCAUGUCGCGAGUGGACCUCGAGACAGGGCAGUUUGAGGAGGUGGAAGGAGAGGGCACCAAUGAAGAGGCUUUGAUUCGAUUUGCGAAACAGCUUUCGGCUGAGAGAAAGCUGAGAGAGAGAGGCGAAACUCAUACAACACUUGUUAUCCAUUGAUUCAUGUUAAUACUAUGAUUCAUUUAUGUGGUGAAAUUCGUCCUCAUCCUUGUCAUUUUCUCAUCAUAUAUACCAUAACUGUUUAGAUAUUGAUUUUCCUCAA